ACACCAGAAUUUCUCUCUCUCUCUCUCUCUCUCUCGUAGCACUACUUGUUGUAUUGUAGAUGUAGCCUUCCCUUGGCUCGAAUUUGAAACCGAGGGAGCAAACAUGGCAGCGAGGGAGAAAGCUGUGCUGCAAUUUUUCCCAUCGUCGACUAGUUUGUCAGCGAAGGUUCACCCGGUGGUUAUAUUCAACAUCUGCGAUUGCUACGUCAGACGCCCAGAUCAAGCAGAGCGAGUCAUCGGAACUCUCCUCGGUUCGAUUUCUCCUGACGGAACCGUCGACAUUCGCAACUCCUAUGCAGUUCCCCACAAUGAGUCCUCUGAUCAGGUUGCAUUGGAUAUUGAUUACCAUCACAACAUGUUGUAUUCUCACCAAAAGGUGAACCCAAAGGAAGUCAUUGUUGGAUGGUAUUCAACAGGCUUUGGAGUAACCGGGGGCAGUGCUCUCAUCCAUGAGUUCUAUUCAAGAGAAGUACCAAACCCAGUUCAUUUGACUGUUGGCACAGGAUUCAGAAAUGGAGAGGCUACCAUCAAAGCUUUUGUAUCUGUCAACUUGUCUCUUGGAGAUCAGCAGAUUUCUGCACAAUUCCAGGAAAUUCCUCUGGAUCUCAGGAUGCUUGAAGCUGAGCGUGUUGGAUUUGAUAUCCUAAAGACAACAACGGUAGACAAAGUUCCCAAKGAUUUGGAAGGAAUGGAAGCCUCUAUGGAGAGAUUGCUUGCACUAAUUGAUGAUGUCUACAAAUAUGUUGACAAUGUUGUGGAAGGGCAUGCUGUUCCAAACAAUAACAUUGGGAGGUUCAUAUCUGAUACUUUAAACUCUAUUCCAAAAGUAUCAGCAACAGCUUUCAAGAAGCUUGUAAAUGACAGUCUACAGGAUCAUCUACUAUUGCUUUAUUUGUCAAGCCUUACAAGGACGCAACUUAGCCUGGCAGAAAAGUUGAACACGGCUGCUCAGAUCCUGUAACUCAACUCUGGAGAAUUUUUCAGCAGCACAAAGUCUGUCAGAGACCCCAGUAGCUAUUGUUAUUAACUUAUUAUCAUAGACACAUGUCAGUAUUGUUUUUCCUUUCUUGGCAAUGACUGUAAAUUUUUGCUUUGCUUCUCAUCUUAUAUUCUCCAAGAUUUUGCUUGAUCUCAUUGGAACAUUAUAGAGGCAGUUGAGUUGCUCGUUAACCUCUUUGCGACUCGAAUUUAGGUGACGUACUGACUUCCAAUUUUAAUGUUUAAGGGUUUAUUUAUUGUA